AUGGACAAACCUUCGCGUCCGGUGCGAAAUCGUAAGCGCAGUAGAAAAGCAUGGCCACCCGGAGACAACCACCGACCGGUGAAGCGACUUUUUACGCCGGAAAUCAAGCGCAUGUUGAAGGAUUGGUUGGUGCGCCGUCGCGAGAAUCCCUACCCGAAUCGGGAGGAGAAGAAGUUGCUUGCCAUCGAGACGGGUUUGACGUACACACAGAUCUGCAAUUGGUUCGCGAAUUGGCGGCGAAAGCUGAAGAACUCUGGCAACGAUCCGAUCCGCAAAACCUGGGGCAAUCUGAUCAAAAACUACAACACCAACGCCCGGGGGAAUGUGGAGCAAUUCAGCAUCUGCUCGAACGACAGCAUUUGGGGCGAGAAUGGAGCAGAUUCCCAGGGUUCUCGGACGCCCCCAGCCGGCGAACAUCAGCAUCAACAGCAUCAUCACCAUCGGCAGCAUCAGCAUUCAAGGCAGCAACAUCAUACCCUUCAUUUUCAGCAUGUAUCGGCAGGAUGUGCGCAAGAUUAUUCCGCGAGAAGUGCUACACCACCUUACGGUAGCAUAUACGAUACGUACACCGACACGGAUUGUGGUAGCGAUAAUAACAAUAACGAAUCCCGUCCUAUCAACAAUGCUGACUGCAGAAAGUACGCAAGUUACAUGAGACUUGCGGAGUACGAUCGGGGUGAGGAAUGUCCAAACGGUGAGGAUGUACGAGACAGUUAUCCACAAACAGCGUUCUGUUUCGAUCAUUGCUACACCCCGCGGAACUAUGAAACCGUGUUCGGCAUACCGGAAGAAACCAGAUGCUACAAGGUGCGUAAGGAUGCUCAAGACUCGUCCUGGCUCUUCGUACUUUCUAACCCAUUUUUUCAACUCCAGAUCACACCGUUCGAUGGAAGCUACGGUCCAGAAAGUGGUGCACAGUUAGAACCACUCAUUUUGACCGCGGCUCAUCCUCACUAUGGUCGAACGUACGCAAAAGAGGUUCCAAACGGUGGAACACUCUACCUCACACCAACCACAACCCUGUCGUCAACGACGGUACCGACGAUCGCCAGUGGGCGAUCGAGAUCGAGUAAGUAUAAGAGCAGCAUCAUGGAGAAGUACCUGCGAGAUCUCGGGGAGCUGAAACCGGUGGAUGAUCCAACACCCGCCGUAAUGCCGGUGCUGAUGGCUGCGAUACCGUUUCAGCAGAAGCAUUGUCCUCACGUGCGCGGUCACGAACUGCAGUUGCACACGCAGCAAAUGAGUUGUGAAUCAGCCGUGUUGCGUGGGCCACCAUCAUUGUCGAAGUGGUUGGAAAGUGCCGCCAAGUUUACACCUUCCAAGCAUAACUACAUCGAUUGGGAAAGCUCAGGCAAACAAUCGUCUACAAAAAGGCGUUAUGAACCGGACGGCACUUACUACGACAUUGGUGGUGGUACAAGUGAUACCUAUUCGUCACCCUCGGUGUACUGUGAACCAGUUGCAACUGUGGUCUCCCUUGGCCACCAGAAGGAGGAAAUCGAUGCCGCGGAGACACUGACGAGACUGGCGAACAAUUUUCGAACCAAAUUUUCAACCUAA